UCGAGUCUGAACAACCGAGAAAGCCGGAAGUAAGCAGGAAGUGUAGUUAGCUGUCAGCAGGCAAAGUUCAUAUCUGCUCGUUUGUCCUACCUGAGACACUGUUUGUUCACCUUCAGUCAGAGCAGGAUGCAUGAAAUUCAGACAUUAAGGAUUCGAGCCGUUAACACCAGUUCCAGUGAUGGAUUGGAGGGUUUCAAGGCUCACGCCGUGUUCCAGGAGAUCAAUAAGAAGCUUCAGGAGGAAGGGGAGCAGUUCGUGAAGAAAAUUGGUGGAGUUUUUGCCUUUAAAGUUAAGGAUGGUCCAAACGGACAGGAUGCAACUUGGUUUGUGGACGUAAAGAAUGGCAAAGGCUGCGUUCACAAUGACACAGAUAAAAAAGCUGACUGCACCAUCUCCAUGUCAGACACCGAUCUGCUUGAUUUGAUGACGGGGAAGAUGAAUCCACAGACGGCAUUUUUCCAGGGCAAGCUGAAGAUCACGGGAAACAUGGGUCUGGCCAUGAAGCUGCAAAACCUGCAGCUGCAGCCGGGCAAAGCCAAGCUGUAGAGGAGCUGGAACCUUGAUCCACAGAGUUUCACAGCCAGUCUGGCUGAAAGAAAUUCUCCCCACCAGACUGAACCUGUUUUUCUUUUAGCAGCCUCACCAGUUUAACUGGAGAAUAACAUAGAUGUUAUACUAAUUUCAAGUCCAGUUUUCAGUAACCUAACCUGAUCAUGAAAUCUUUCCAUCUAUGAUAUCUGGUAAAGUUCAGAGUCCAGCUGCUUGAUGUUAUUUCCACCAUCGUAGACCCAGCAGUCUAAGUGCCUCCUCGUCUCAGACGUAACAUAGAAAUCAUCUGAUCACAGUGUUGUCAUUUUCUGCUGCGCUCUCACUGUUGUGAUGAUCUGUGGAAACUUUCUACACAAUAAAUUAGUCUUUGCUGCA